GAGAUUUACAGAUUUCCAGGACCUGCACAGAUUACUGCCACGCCCUCUACAGGACUGCCACAUUUACGGCAAGGCCGCGCAGGACACGAGCUUGCAGAAGUACCUCGGCGAGAACGUGACAUCGUGCGCGAGGUGCUUGGAGUUCGUGAAGCACCACUGCCCAGGCCUGACCGUCGCUACGCUGGCGCAGGUUGCGACCGACAACGAGGACCUUGGCUUGUGCGCGCAGGGGUGCCUCUUCGACAAGAUGGACGUCGCGUUGCAGAUGCCGCACCUGAAGGCGCCCCUCCAGACAGGAUUCGGCCACGAGCUGUACGUCAAAGCUACUGCGCUGAACGCGCACCAGGUGCAGACCGAGUUCUCCAAGAGUCCGAAAGCUCUCGGCGUGAAGCCGUACCUCGUGCCCGCUCGUGGCCAGAUGGCCAUCGUGUAUCCAGUAGAGCGCACGGCUGAGUUCAAGGUAAAGUACCCUACGGGCCAGAUCCCCCUCAUCCACAUGGGCAUCGCGAGUGAGGAGGCUGCCCAAGAUGACACCGCCGACGUCCUCACUGCCAUCACGGUGCACAUCCCGACGGUCGACGACCUCCACGCGCGCGUCGAGAGGCUGAAGGCGAAGGCGAGCGCGCGGAUGAAACCCACGCCACGCGAGGGGUCCACCAGUGAAGACUUGAUAGAACUUGCCUUGGGAGGCUCCGACUGCUCCGACCCCAACGGCACGGUCUACGUCUGCGGCGGCGGCGAAGACGAGGACCCCGAGCGGACCCCAGGCGCAGUGGGCAGCUGCGGCGUCUCGUGCGCCGCGAGCGUGGCUGGCUCGGAGGCGUCGGCAUCAGUCCACGCGCCCAUGCCCUCGCAGCUGAAGAGGGGCAUAAGUUCUACCAGCCUCGGAUGCGCCUUUGGGCCAGAGACCCGGAACAAUAAAUUUAAGGGCUUGAUGGGCGCACCCCUGAAGAUCGAGAAUGAGCACAGGGUUGGGGCGCCUCAGUACUGGAUCACCGAGCUCAACCUUCACAUGCUCUUCGACGGCGCCAAGCUGGGGAAGCAGGAGGCGCAAGCCAAGCUUCUGUUGCCGAAGCUCCCCCCUUCUGAGCGGAACGGCCUGCGCGUCCACAUGGAUCUCGUGGAGCACGCGAAGAAGAUGAACAACGUGCAUACCUUGAGUGACCAGGAGCUCCGAGAUGCUUGGCAGCCAUUUGCUAAGUUGGGAAUGCUUCCCACGCCGGAGCUCGCACUCAGUCUGGUACAGCGCCGCGUGGACUACUUAUGGAAGGAGCUCCAUGUUGCGAGUAGAGUUGAGAAGGUCGAGGGCUUGUGCAAGCAGUUGCUGGAGUGUCUGGGGAUCUGGUCAGACCAGUCGGGUGCCCGCUUCGACGUAUUCGACCCCAAGCUGAUAAUCACAGGCGGCACGGACGCCGAGAUAGCGGACUUCUUUGUGAAACGCGUCUUCGCGACAGGCAUCGGGCAUUGGAUCAGCCAGGGAGCGGCGAUGGAGACGCACGUGCAGGAGUUCGCCCUCGUUGCUGGCACGGUGUGGUCCGACCUUCCCGAGGACGCAGACUUGGGUCACGAUUGCGCCUUGGUCUUGCUGGACGCGCGUGCGGCGAUGAGGAUCACCAGGAGCUUCUUAGUCGCAGUCAUUGACGACAACACUGACAUCGAGAUCUUUCAGGAGUACCCUCGCUUUGAGCAGGAGGCGUUGCGCACCGCGGGCUACGCCGCGCCGGCGCAGGCUCUCGGUCAAGCUUUGAAUGCUACCUCUGGCUUGUAUUGGAGGCAGCAGUUCGAACGGCUGAAGGCUGAUUCCGACAAGAUCCGAGAGUUGGGGUCCAGCAUCGCCGACGCGAUCAGCAAGGUCACGAAGCAGCCCGCCCAGGUUUCCCAGGCCACCAUCAAGGAGCUCAGAGGCGUGUGCGAGAAUUUCCCUUACUGGGAGCAGCAGGUGAACGACCAGAUCUGCAUCAAGCUGCGCGCUGGCCCCAUCAAGAAGGUUUCGUGGGUGGCCGAAGAGCUGCUGAACAAGAAGAGGAAGCUCGAGCAGAAGGGCUCCUGCACGGAGGAAGACGAGAGGACAUGGACAGACAAGGGCGUGAAGAUGGGGAUGGUAUCCGAGGCCAUCUUGGCUUGGACGCCCACGAUGGCAGAGCAUGCCCAUCGGCUGCGCGGCGCCAUCGGGGCUUGCAAGCCAAACACCGUGUCGGGGAAGGUCGAGAACAAUGCUUACAAGUUGUUGCAGAGCAUUGCGAACGAUUUGGGGCAGAAGGCUAGCUUCGGCAAUGGCACCGACGCUCGCAUCUACGACGCGGUCGAGAUGCUCGCAGAGAUUUCCCCGAUGGACUUCAAGCGCGACACCGAGGCGCUCGAGUGCGUAACGGAAUCCGUGAGGGCGAAAGUGCCAGACAGCCAGGGCAACCACAACGACUUGGACAAGCUGGCGAGGGAGUUGAGCCAGGCCCUUCAGCGCGUGCCGGAGAAGAACAUGCCCAGCGGCCUGGUGGCGAAGUUCUCCACGACCCUCAACGAACGCGAGGAGAGCACGCGUAAGACGGCGAAGGAGUUGGUCAUGGAGAUCGGCGAGCAGGUGAGGGGCCAUUUCUACGACGGGGUGCAGACGAAAAGCCAGAAGCUCCACGCCGAGAUCGACCAGGACGCCUGGGCAAAGGCCUGGGUUACCGGCACGGCUGGCGUUGAGGAGCUGGCGCUUCUGCUCGAAGUGGGGGCCCACGAACGCAACUCUUCGCAGGCCGAGCACUGGGGUGACAUGGCGGACAGCCUCCAGUCGGAGUUCGCGACGCUCUUGCAGACGACGGUGGACUUCGAGCUUGCACCGAAGGCUGAUAUCGAGACGACGCUCCCUGAGUUGAUCCGCACUGCCCGCGUGCUGCACCUCGAGCACAGCCUCAUCGGCCACUUCACCAACGAGGCGACGAAGCGUGACAAGAUCUUGCUGCGGGCCAAGAUGAGGGACAUCCAGGGCUGCCUCAAGGAGUGGUCGUUGACGCCAGAGGACUUCCCCACGGCGCUGAUCGCGCGCUACCGCGCGGGCCUGCGCAUGACGUAA